AUGAGCUACUGUUUUCUGUCUCUACUCCUGGGUUCUCUGUUCAUCAUUGGGACUUCCUCUUAUCCUAAUGGUUCCUGUGAUGGCUACAUGGCCCUGAAUGAGCCUCGACGUAACUAUGUCUUCAGCUCUUCCUCUAUCCCCGGCUACCCCAUCAAUACCGACAUACAGCGAACAAACAUAUGGGUUCGCUACGUCGGGAUCGGAGGGGACACCGUCAUUCCACAAUGUGCUCCACUCUAUUACAGCGGGGUAUAUUAUCCCAUCCAUCUGACCUUUACACAUCCUCAGUCUGAGUCUGAGACUCCAACUACGGGCAACGCGUGUGGAAACGUAGGUUCCUGCUGUAAUUACAAUGUAGCUAUUCAAGUGAUCUACUGCUCUUCUGGAGGAUUCUAUGUGUACAGGCAGAUGAACAACCACCCAAUCGACUACAUGGGUUAUGUGACAUACCAUAGGAACUGUGUGGCAGACUCCUGCGGUCCCCUUGCAGAGUGUAGUACAACCAAAACUGGAGGCUGUCAAUGUGUCUCUGGAUACAAGAUACCUCCAAAACAUCUACCCACAAACGAAUCCUACGGUUGCCAAGAUAUCAAUGAGUGUGAGGAGACCGCUAAUCUCUGCGGUCCACAUUCCAACUGUACUAAUUCACCAGGAGUCUACAACUGUAGCUGUCUUGAGGGGUUUGUACCCUCAGACCCAGCCUUGGCACUCAACCCAACCCGCAACCCCUGCACAGAUGUGAAUGAGUGUGUGGAGAUUGAGAAGGUUUGUGGUGGUUUUGGUAAAUGUACAAACACACCAGGAAAUUACACCUGCACCUGUUACAAUGGAUACAAGCCUGACGGACCCUUCGACUGCCAAGAUAUUGACGAGUGUUUCAACUCAACCAUCUGUGGUCAGGAGUCUGUCUGUACCAACACACCAGGAGCCCACAACUGUACCUGUCUCCUAGGCUUCUCACCCACAAACCCAGUCCUAGACCCCAGCAAGGCCAACCCCUGUAUAGACAUUGAUGAGUGUCUGAACAAAACCGUGUGUGGUCCCGAUGCCAACUGUACCAACUCUUAUGCAGCACACAGCUGUACCUGCCUCUUUGGUUACCUGCUCACCAGCCCAGAUGCCAUAGCCAGCCCCUUAAACCCAUGCCUAGACAUAGAUGAGUGUGCUAACACCCCUGGUCUAUGUGGUCUCCACUCUGUGUGUACCAAUGCACCAGGGACCUUCCACUGUUCCUGUGUGGAAGGAUACUUCUCCUCCACUGGAGUACUGUGGGAAACUGACGUCACUGUGUGUGAAAGUGUUGAUGAUGUUCUAGCCGCCAUAGUUCCCCCAGAGGGCCAGUCUAAGGAGAUGUACUUCCUCAACCAGAUGAACCAACAGCUGAUGGAGAACCCUGACAUUGUCCUACCAGAGGGGUCAGUGACAAACAGCCUAUCGACAGCCCUGAAGGUGUCAGGAGCGGGAACCAUCUCAGCGCAGCAGGCCAGUACAGGCCAGGGGUGGAGUGGGGCUGGAAAGGAUGGCGGGGAGUCUGGCAGUGUGGUCCUGAAGAUCUCAGUGCUCCUGGCGAAUGCCUUAGUGGACCCUUCUCAGGGCCGGGUCAACAAAACCAUACACACACCUGAGCUGGACAUUAGUCUGCAGGUAAUGGAGGCCAACAGUACAGACACCUCUUCCCUCUCAGCCAGGGGAAACACCAUGGACAUCAACCUAAAGGCUCUGGCCAGAAACAAUAAUGGUACAGCAUCAGCAGUAUUCCUGACAGUCAGUGGGAUGGAGAGCCUUCUGGGUGCUAGCUUCUUGCAGACAGAAAACCACACAGAGAUGUUGUCUGAUGUCAUCACCGCCACACUGCCCAAGAUCAACCACACCCAGCUCUCUGAGCCUGUCAACUUCACCAUGAGCCACAAGAGGAGGUUGGCUGAGCCUGGCCUGAUGACCUGUGUGUACUGGGAGGACAGAGGAAUGGAAUAUGAGAAUGGAACCAAGGGGAGGCACUGGUCAGUGAACGGCUGUUGGGUUGUGUUCUCUGAUGAGAACUACACAGUGUGUAGCUGCUCUCACCUCUCCACCUUUGCCCUCAUCAUGCAGACAGGAGAGACUGUGUCGGAGGACAAUCCCUUCCUAGAGUGGGUGAACAGAAUGUGUGUGAUCGUGGGCCUGGUCUUCUUUGCUCUGGCCAUCCUCACCUUCCUGCUGUGUAGCUGGAACCCUAAGAUCAACAACACAGCCCGCCUCCACCUCUGCCUCUGCCUCUUCCUGUCCCAUCUGCUGCUGCUAUUGGAUUACACCUACCUCACUCACAAGCUGGUGUGCUCCAUCAUGGGAGGUCUCCUCCACUUCCUGGUAGUGGCCAGUUUCCUGUGGAUGCUGCUGGAGGCGCUCCAGCUCUAUCUGCUGGUCCAGAGACUCUCUAGGAUCCAGGUCAUCCAGAGGGAAGGCCUCCGGAAGAAAUACCUCUUCCUGAUUGGCUAUGGCAUCCCCCUGGUGAUCGUGGGUGUGUCUGCAGCUGUGAAACGUGACGGCUAUGGGGGAUCUAAAGUAUGCUGGCUGAAGCCAGAACAAUACUUUACCUGGGCUGUGUUAGGGCCAGUGUGUACUGUCCUAGCACUGAACUGGAUAUUGUUCUGCGUUACAAUCUGGAGUUUGAGACCUACCUUGGCUAACAUGAAGAGUGAUGUCUCACAGUCCAAAGACACCAGACUGAUCAUCUUUAAGAUCCUGGCACAGUUUGUGAUCCUGGGUUGUACCUGGGUGCUGGGCUUGUUCCAGUCCACCAUGGUCUUCAAGUACCUCUUCAUCGUGCUCAACUCCCAGCAGGGCACCUUCCUCUACAUCGUUCACUGUCUCUUCAACAAGGAGGUACGUGAUGAGUACAGGAAGUGGCUGGGCUGUUCUUCCAGCUCCUCUACUCCAGAUUCUAUGAAAGAAGCACCUUCCAUCUCUGAAGACCUGGACAAGGCUGGUGAAGAGAGACAAAACAAAGGAACACGGCCAGGAUGAGAGCAACAUGAUACGAUACCAUCAGACCUUCAAAGCAUUUCAGCGCAGUGGGCCUCCACGGUAUAUCUUUCAAUGCACACUGUACACACUAAGUAUGAGAGAGAGAGAGAGGUGUGUUUAUAUGGAUGCUAAUGACUCAGAUAACACAGCCUGACCUUUUGUAUUUACUAAUAUUUCCUUUAUCUACGUAAAACAAUGUUUUAUUAGCCUGCAAAUGUAUUUAUAGAAUUUCAUAUUUAUAAAUUAUAUACACAGUAGUUACAGCAUAUUUACCUGUGUGCAAAAUAAACAAAUGAAAAUGUGUAGGUUGCAGUUGUUUAUAUAUAAAUAAAUAACUGCGUCUCUACCUGCUUUGAGUCUAGCGUUUACCAUUGGAUUGUCCCUAAGGGACAAUAAAGAUUUAUUCAAUGGAAUCCCUGUGGCUGAGCCCAGAUAAGAAAGUCCCGGUCGGCUGCAGUCUGAAGUGUUUUGAGAGCAUAGCGACUAGGUUUCCAGACAGAUGGCACAGGAGGGGUGAGGAGAGGACAGGAGGGCAUCCUCUCAGAGCAAAAAUAAAAUAGCUGGAAGAGAGCCACGGUUGGAGACAGACAAUACUGCGUUUGCAUACUGUUGUAAUGCCCUCUUUUCACCACACGGUGACAGCACUUAAUCAUCAAUGCUCUUGCUCUCAUUGGAGUUUGGAGUUAAAGUGAGGACACAGGUCUUCUGUUGAUGGAGAGAUACCAUUGGGUGAAGGCCUUUGUUCCAGCCAUGAUUCAAUUGAUUAACAAAUAAAAUAAAUAUAGAGAUGGAUAGAUAGAUGUCAGGACAAGUCAACUGGAGGAAGAGAUAGAGAGGCAUACAGAGAUGGAUGGAAAUAAAGCGAGAUUCCCAGACGGGUGAAUGCAGCCGCUGGAGUGAAAGAGAGUACAAUAGUGGGACAGAGAAGAAGAAGAUGAAGAUGAAGAUAAAGAAGAAGUAGGUGGAGGAAAAGGAGGAGGCUGGUGUGGGGUGUUUUGCUCCGAGUCACAGUGCUGCUAGUCUCUUUGCCUGUUACCAUGGGAACCCAGCUGCAGUGCUUGCUGGAGUCGUGCUGGUCUGUCAGCCGGGAAACGCUGUUGUGUUAACAGCCCUGCUCUUUGAGCUCGAAUGAGUUAGACUUUGUCAAAAUAGUCAGGAAUAAACUCCAAACCAUGUUAAAAAUUGAUGCAGUGCGCCUGGUGGUGUUUAGUAUACAAAGUUGCUAGGCAGCUAACUAAUCACCCACUGGGCACAGAUGUCAGUUGAAUGUCUAGUUUUGAUUGACAUUUGGUUGAGUUGUCAACUAACGUGAAUUUAAAGUGAAAUCAAAAAAUGCACUAUGUCAUUGGAUUUAGGUUAAAAGUUGGGUGAAAAACAGACAAAAUGCCCUAACUGUAUGUUGAUGAUUUUUUCCACAUUGAUUCAACAUCAGCACAUUUAUUUUGGGGGUUGAAAUGACAUGGAAACAAUGUGGAUUCAACUAGUUUUUGCCCAGUGGGUAGACAUUUACUGAAUUCCAAAUCAAUCUCCAGUUCUCCUCAACUCUCGUCCAGGCACUCCUUUAGUUCUGGAAGGUGCAUAUAGGAUAACAUGGUAAUUGCUUUACUUUGCUGUUUAAUUGGAGGGGGUGAUAUUUUUCCAUAUCCUAAGGGGCAGAGGUCGAUUGGGAUUUCAGUGAAACUCUUCCAUAUUGUGUCUGUAAUUAUGCUUAAAGUCUCUGAGAUGUAGUGGGUCUUUCUGUCCAACAGGCCUGGGGGUUAGUUAGUGAUACAGUGAUAUGACCAAUAUGUUACAAAUUCCCUGCCAGUGACUCUUAGCACACCACAUCACAGCUCUCUCACAGCCCACUCUUUCUAACUUCUGUAGUAGGCUACCCUCCCCCACUGGAACAAAGCAGGGCAGGGGGGUCAUAAUAAACUGGCCUUUCACUCCUUGGACCCUGGCCAACGAUUUGUUGCUAGGGGUCAUGGUUGCCAGGGGCCUUAUGACACUGUGGGGUCAUCACAGGCAGUCAGCUUGGGUCCCAGAUCACAAACUCAUGCCUCCCCCUCGGUCUACUUCAAGCAGUCACAGAGAGAGCAGCAAGCUCAUCUCUGUCCUGCACAACAACUGCUGGACUCAUAUCUCUGAGCUUGUGGGAUGGUGUGCGUGCAGAGUGAGUUGUGCGAUAUUUGUAUAUUGUUCUUCGUAGUUGUUACUAUUGUUGUAUAAUGUCUUUGUCUAUAGCUGUAUUGUAAUAUGUCAGGUAGCAUAUAUACUGAACAAAAAUAUAAUAUAAAGUGUUGGUCUCAUGUUUCAUGAAAUGAAAUAAAAGUUU